GAAUGCUAUAUAACAUUAUAAGGAACAUUUCCUGCAGAAUAUCCAGUUAAUUUUCCUGUCCAUUGUGAUGAAUGCUAGUUCUAAGUCAUCCAAUUAUAGGCUGUGUGUAUUUGUACUAAUACUAACCAGUCGUCUCGUCGCCGUUGACGCUAAAUUGCCUAUCGUCCCUAUUGCUGGUCCUAUGUGUAUUGCUGCCAGCAGUGGGCGCGUCACUGGAGGAAAGAAUCGUGUUCGGACUACGGAAUAUACCUUUGUGGGUUUUUUUUUUUUAUCACGCCGACACACAAACCAGCCACCCCGUGGAGUUGCACACAUUUUUGGAGACAAUGUGUGAGAGAGCAUACUGUGUGAGACGUGGGAGUACGUGAACCAGUCAGUGUAUUGAUGCUCUCUGGCUGUCAGGAUGCAGCAGCUGAUAUUGAAGGUCCUCUCCUUCACGUUGGUGCUUCUAGCAUCAGUUCCCUCUGUGUACUUGGAAGAAGAUUGUUCUCAAGCCAAGUCAUGCGACCUGUGCGUUGGAGACUCCAUGCUCAACCUGACAGGCUGUGUCUGGAGGUUUUGUCCAGAUGGUGAUGAUGCAGGCAUGUGUGUGAGGACUGAGGACAGCUCAACAGAAAGCCCUAUGAACUGUAGCUGGACCACAGCUCCUGAAAUGUGCACAGUUAUAGAGACUAAAGCUGAAGGAGGAGGUGACAGUGACUCAGGUGAUGUAAGUGACACUAACCCAUCCCCAGAGUUUGCCCAGGCCAAGUUUGACAUGUCCAGUUUCAUCGGAGGCAUCAUACUGGUGCUGUGUCUAGAGGCAGGAGGCUUCUUUGCCAUGCGCUUCCUCAGAUCCAAAGAGCAGAGCAACUAUGACCCCAUAGAGCAGACACAAUGAAGUCAAGGAGAGACAAGAGGAUGAGGGUGGAGGACAGCAGAGCAGUGACUCAUGGAGCUGUGAUAUGAUUUUUUUUUUUCACUGUCACUUUUGGUUUGAUCCCCAUGUGCAUCCCUUGGGGAUAUGUGUUUUGGCAAGAGGACAUAUGGCUCAGAUUAUUGCAUCGUGUUCUGCGUGUGUUCACUGUCUACAGCACCAUAUUAAUAGUUCAGAGAUAUUUUUUGGGCUCUUCAUACAAUCAUUUCCCACACUUUCAGCACGUUAUCUCUGUGAUCAAACCCACCUUAAAUUUUCACCAAUCCCAGCUAGUUAAGAGUUUGUCUUCUGACAAGCAACAAAGCAACUCAUGUCAAAUGUGCCGUUUCAACUGUGUAAAUAGUGAAGUGCAGUUAUGGGUAAUGGUGAUAUAAUCCCAUGUAGACAGUAGGUCAGACAAGGUCAUAAAAAGCAUUUUUCUUCAAGUACACUAAAAUAAACCAAAAUGAGAAAGUGAAACUUUUUGUCUAUCAUCAAGAGAACGUCUGUAUUCCAUAUGGAGUGUCUUACUGAAACACUAAAAAGUGCUUAUCAAAACAAACAUUAAAAUAUGUAUCUUUUAUAUUUAUUCUGUAUUUUAACUUGUAAUGAGUGAAACCUCAAGGAUUCCUGGAGGUCCCUAGACCCUGCUUUUAUGACUACAGGAAAUUACACUUUAUAGUUUCACAUCUAAGGACCAGUAGUAGUAGCCGACCUUCACACUUCAUAUAGACAUCCAUUAUUGCGUUAACGCUACUCAUGUGAUUUGUGUGUGCUUUUGUUCCAUCUUUCUUUUUUUGAUAUACAAAUUCAGGAAGAUUUCCCAAGAUUUUAAUUUAGUGUGCUCAUAUUGAUUAUUUACACAUCAGCUUUAACCAUUUAAAAACAGUCCAGAGAUGUGAUGUGACCCUAUUUAAUAUUGUUUAAACUGAUUACAAUGAAAUGUUUGGAUUGUUUUUGUGAUGCAUUAGAAUGAAAAGUGACAAGUCUGCCAGCCUGAAUAAACUAAGU